GGGAGGCGGCGAUGCGCACGGCCGGAGAGACGCGGAGGAGGAGACAUGAGCCGGCGGGCGCCCAGACGGAGCGGCCGUGACGCUUUCGUGCUGCAGCCGCGCGCCCCGACUCCGGAGCGCUGACCUCUGGCCUCACGCAGCUCCGCGCCCGGGCCGGAGAGUGCAACCGGGCUUCCAGCCCCGCCGCGCAUGCUGUCCCCGAACUGAGCCGGGAAGCCAGCCUCCCACGGACGCCCGGACGGCCGGCCGGCCAGCAGUGAGCAAGCUUCCCCGCACCGGCCAGGCGCCUCCUGCACAGCGGCUGCCGCCCCGCAGCCCCUGCGCCAGCCCGGAGGGCGCAGCGCUCGGGAGGAGCCGCGCGGGGCGCUGAUGCCGCAGGGCGCGCCGCGGAGCGCCCCGGAGCAGCAGAGUCUGCAGCAGCAGCAGCCGGCGAGGAGAGAGCAGCAGCAGCGGCGGCGGCGGCGGCGGCGGCGGCGGAGGCGCCCGGUCCCGGCCGCGCGAAGCGGACAUGUGCAGGCUGGGCUAGGAGCCGCCGCCUCCCUCCCGCUCAGCGAUGUAUUCAGCGCCCUCCGCCUGCACUUGCCUGUGUUUACACUUCCUGCUGCUGUGCUUCCAGGUACAGGUGCUGGUUGCCGAGGAGAACGUGGACUUCCGCAUCCACGUGGAGAACCAGACGCGGGCUCGGGACGAUGUGAGCCGUAAGCAGCUGCGGCUGUACCAGCUCUACAGCCGGACCAGUGGGAAACACAUCCAGGUCCUGGGCCGUAGGAUCAGUGCCCGCGGCGAGGAUGGGGACAAGUAUGCCCAGCUCCUAGUGGAGACAGACACCUUCGGUAGUCAAGUCCGGAUCAAGGGCAAGGAGACGGAAUUCUACCUGUGCAUGAACCGCAAAGGCAAGCUGGUGGGGAAGCCCGAUGGCACCAGCAAGGAGUGUGUGUUCAUCGAGAAGGUUCUGGAGAACAACUACACGGCCCUGAUGUCGGCGAAGUACUCCGGCUGGUACGUGGGCUUCACCAAGAAGGGGCGGCCGCGGAAGGGUCCCAAGACCCGGGAGAACCAGCAGGACGUGCAUUUCAUGAAGCGCUACCCCAAGGGGCAGCCGGAGCUUCAGAAGCCCUUCAAGUACACGACGGUGACCAAGAGGUCCCGUCGGAUCCGGCCCACACACCCCGCCUAGGCCACCCCGCCGCGGCCCCUCAGGUCGCCCUGGCCACACUCACACUCCCAGAGAACUGCAUCAGAGGAAUAUUUUUACAUGAAAAAUAAGGAAGAAGCUCUAUUUUUGUACAUUGUGUUUAAAAGAAGACAAAACUGAACCAAAACUCUUGGGGGGAGGGGUGAUAAGGAUUUUAUUGUUGACUUGAAACCCCCCGAUGGCAAAAGACUCAUGCAAAGGGACUGUAGUCAACCCACAGGUGCUUGUCUCUCUCUAGGAACAGACAACUCUAAACUCGUCCCCAGAGGAGGACUUGAAUGAGGAAACCGACACUUCGAGAAACCAAAGUCCUUUUUCCCAAAGGUUCUGAAAGGAAAAAAAA